CGCCAAUUGAGGUUAGAAGACAGCAAUUGGUUGUCAUAAUAGCGAGCAUCACGAGACAAAGAAAUCGUGGGCCGUAUACUAAAAUUGAUUUUUCGCCCCAUUCCCAUCAACUUGUUACUUUUUUACCUCACUUAUUGAUUUAUUAGCUCCUACAGAAUGGAUACAACCGCAGAUUUGAACAGAAGGGACGACUCGGACAUGGCUGCUUCUAGAAAGGCUAUCCAUUAUUACCCACUAAUUCGGCAUGCAGACUUGUGUGAAGAAACCAAACAUGAAUGUGUGGAAAUCAUCGUUGCAUCCUGUGAAAAAUAUCCGUCUAAUCAUGAGGCAGCUGCAAAACAGAUAAAAGAAACUCUUGAUAAAAGGUGUGGUCCAUCUUGGCAUUGUGUUGUUGGGGAAACUUUUGCUUUAGAAAUUUCAUAUGAAACUAAAAAUAUUAUAUACAUGUUCUUAAAUAGUAAUUUGGGAGUUUGUGCAUGGAAAUGUAGUUGAUUCGUAGUUGAGUUGUAUUUGAGAAUGAUUGUUUCCUUAGUUGUUGGUUGAACAGUCUUUUUAUUCAUUUAGCAAUAAUUUGUGCAAGAAGUCCCAAAAUCUCAUUGCACGUGUUAAAAACUCAAAUCCUUUAAAUUUAAGCUUCUAACAUGUUUACUACCCAAAGAUUUUCUGAUUUUCACUUACAUGUAGAAGUACGGUGAUUUUGAUGUUGUACUUCCCUAACCAAAUAAAUUAUUUUUACGAUAAAAAA